AGAAGACUAGGGUUUUGUCUUCCCCAACAGUCACUGCCAAGUUCAAAGAGCAGAAAACUAGAAAAGCCGUAGAGUUUUCAGAAGGGAGAGACCGAAAUCCAAAAAUGACGGCCAAGCUGAAAACCGCCAGAAAGAGCCGGAACCCGGAUCUGAUACGGGGCGUGGGCAAGUAUUCAAGGUCUAAAAUGUACCACAAGAGAGGACUUUGGGCUAUCAAGGCCAAAAACGGCGGCGUUUUCCCUCACCACGAUCCGAAGCCUGCCGCUGAGAACCCACCUCAGAAACCUCCCAAGUUCUACCCCGCUGAUGACGUCAAGAAACCGUUUGUCAACAAGCGCAAGCACAAGCCCACCAAGCUCAGGACGAGUAUUACACCGGGGACGGUGUUGAUUGUUUUGGCUGGGAGAUUUAAAGGGAAGAGAGUUGUAUUCCUGAAGCAACUUUCAUCUGGCUUGCUUCUGGUGACUGGGCCAUUUAAAAUUAAUGGUGUUCCUUUGAGACGUGUCAAUCAAUCUUAUGUGAUUGCGACUUCCACCAAGGUUGACAUUUCCGGGGUCAAUGUGGAGAAGUUUGAUGACAAAUAUUUUGCAAAGGAAGUUGAAAAGAAGAAAACAAAGGGAGAAGGGCAGUUUUUUGAGGCAGAAAAGGAGGAAAAGAAGCUGCUUCCGCAGGGAAAGAAGGAUGAUCAGAAGGCUGUGGAUGCCCCGUUGUUGAAGUCCAUCGAGGCAGUCGCAGACUUGAAGACAUACUUAGCUGCGAGAUUCUCUCUUAUGUCAGGCAUGAAGCCUCAUGAACUUGUCUUCUAGAGGACGUUUCAAUUAUUACAAACUAGGAUAAUAUCCUCUCUUGAAUUUGUUUAAUUUUUGUCAUCACGGGCUGUAUUUUCAUAUUACAGGCUGAGCUUCAAUUUUGUAUUAACCAGUUUGGAUUAUGAAGAAUUUUUUCUUUUACCCA